GGUGGUGAUUUCUGGGUUAUGCUUCAUCCACGACAUGCCCUACGAUUUGGAUGGUCUGGAUGGAGAUGAGCCAAUACUAUUUUCCGUAGAAGAUGGCGAACUAGCAGCGUACACAGGCCCUAGAAUGGAUCUACACCGACCGAUAAAUGGAGACCGAGGAGGGAGGGACACAUGGUUCGAAACCCUGGACUUCCAUCAUGUCUCGACUCACGUGAUGUAGUCGUGAAGGAAAGAAGGUUGAUUUGAAGAGGGAAAGAGAUUCGUUUGGGUAGAUGGAAAGAAUUAUAAGGGAGGAAACGUGGAAUUCCCCAAGGAGAGGGCAGAAACGCUCAUUUUCCUUCCAUUAAUAGACAGCGGAGAGGGAAUUCGCCGCCGCUGCAUCUCACUGUCGCGCAAUAUCUCUCCUACUUUCACAUGCCUGAGAGAAAAGGAAAGGCCGUUUUCGUCUCUCUCUCUUCUUCCGAAGAAGAAGGUGAAGACGAAGAAGAAGAAGAAGAAGAAGAAUCCGAAGGUGAUCAUGUUGAUGAUUCUGAUUAUGACGAGGAUGAUGAUGAAGACGAUGAAGAUGAAGGCGAUGAUGAUGAAGAUGAACGUGAUGACGAUGACGGAGAUGAAGAAGAAGAUGUGAUUAGCAUUUCAUCCGGUGAGGAUGUGACCGAUGAAGAAGCUGAUCGUGAAUCCGUUGACGAUGAUUCAGAGGCCAUGCCUGGGGAUGAAGCUAAUUGCAACAGAAUCAUACAGCUCCUACAAGGUUCUGUAGGAGGGCAUGAUCUUAAUAUACUAAAACUGGAAGAGUGCAAAGCAUACCUGCGGAAACAUGGUCUGAGAUUAACAGGGACCAAAUCUAUUUGUAUACAGAGAAUUCAGGAGCAUUGGAGGAUAAAAGAUGGAAAUGGUGAGAAACUAUAUCCAAGGUCGUCCUUUGUUAUUAACUGUAGAGGUGAUGUCUGCAAUGGUGAUACUGUUCUGUUCACGCAGAGGGUUUACAGGAAGUUUGAUGUAGUUACAAGGGGCAGUAAUCCAAUAGGAAAGCGGACAAUUGCCGGGAGGGUUGUGAAGGAAAGCUAUGGUGCAGCCAAGCAGCAACAUACUUUCACUGUAGAAAUACUGUGGAGCAAAGGAGUCAAGACAUUGCCACCAUUAUUUCCUUUGCUCGUGAAGGGUCGUAACCUCUACAGAUUGAAGACCUUCCGACAGCGUUGGAAUGAUGAAGCAGAGAGAUUAAAAGUUUUGGCUGAGAAGCACAAAAGAGGAGCAGCAGCAAGGCGAAUCAGAGCAAUCAAGAAAGCAGGAUCUGCGAACGGAGGUUCUAACCUCAAGAGACAUUCCCGUAAAACAAGUGCACCUCCAAAACGGCAGAAAAACCAAGCAGAGCACUCCACAAAAUCGCAGAAACAUGACGCCUGUCGUGGCGAUGGUCCCUCAUCAGGAAAAACAAAGGCAAAGAGAAAUUCAAAGGCAAGACCUCCGGAGUCAUCAGGUUCCAAGCGCAAGAGACAUCCUGGAAACACAAGAACACCUAACAAGAGACAGAGAAACCAGGAGACCGAGCCUGCCACUGGAACACAGAAACGCUACAUCAAACAUGGCAAGGCUCCACCAUCGGUACUAGGGGAGACAGAGAAGAGACUAGCAAAGCCAAGAGCUGUCGAAGAGUCGGCUGGGCAUUUGCAGCACAUCUAUCAUGGGAAUGGGUUUUCUGCACCUCAACCCAUAGUCCAAAAUGGCCCUCUCCACAAUCAUUACCACGCACAAAUGCAAUUUCAUCACAGGGAUGUACCGACUACAUUUGCAACCGGCCGAGGGAUGCAUCCUUUCUCCAACUAUGAGUUGGGUUCCACUUCAACUGCAGCACAAGUGUGUCCAAACCGACUAACAGCUGUGCCAACACAUUAUCCAGUAUUCAGUGGCAUUAAUCAUUUCUCUGAUGCCUACAUGAAAUCCAGCUCUUGGUUUGAUCCUAGGAGCUCAAGCUGCCUGCAGACACAAGUUGAUGUUGACAGACAGUUACAUACCGUGCCACGGGGAGUGCAGGCAAAUAUACAUAAGAGCGGGCCAUUACCUUGCCUUACACCAGGGUGUAAAGAUCUAGGUGCGAAAAGCUGUGUUGGUUCUUUUUGUUGGACAUGUUGCAGAAGGACAGGGCGGAGAUGCCAAAGGCACAAACUCCCUUGAGUAUAUACGGAAGAAAAUGCUCUCAAUUUCUCGUUUUAUUUCUACUGAAGAAUGGCAGUGAGAUCCUUAAAAAAGUAUGAUUACAACAUGGCUCAAGGUUUUGGU